AUGCCGACCGAUCUGCCUGGACACGACGACAGCUGGCAAGAUGUGUGGAACCGUAUCACAGCAAACGUCGGACUCGGGUUCCUGAACUUGCCAUCAAAUGUGGAUGUGAACGACUUGAUAUGGUUGCACACAACCACAGCAUUCCAGCGAAACGGCGUUUGGUGGACGGAGUUUAACGCCUCGUUCUUCCAUGGCGAUUCAGGAAAUCAUCCCUCGAAGCUUGUCGCAGAAAUAGCGAGGUUGAUAGGAAUAACAGAGGAUGACAAAGAAACCCGCGAGAUUGUUGCUAAGCGGGCAAAAUUGUUUCUCAGGAAAACCAUUAUCGGGCGGAAACUGAAUGUUCAGAUCGAAAAUGGACAAGUCGUUGCUCUGCCAGGCAGCGGGUCAAGCGGCAUUAGUGCCAAAGAGCUUCCCAUCCCUUUUGCUACUGCUCCAAAGGGUGGCGAUAUCGUAAAACUCUGCGGGAUACUCCCUGCAAAUUCCAAAUACGGGCCCGUGGAAACCGAUAUGACAGUUGCUGAUCCGGAGGGCUGGGCGGUCAUCUCUGAUAUCGACGACACGAUAAAGGUCACAGAUACUCUUUCAAUGAGGAGCCUCCUAGUUCACACAUUUGCUGAAGAGCCAACACCUACACCUGGGUUCCCAGACUUCUACAAACACUUGGAUAAGGUGCUUGACAAGCCAGCCUGGUUCUAUAUCUCGGCCUCACCUUAUAACCUGUACCCUUUCUUGCUCUCAUUCAUCAAGGCAAAUUAUCCUUUCGGUCAGCCCAUCUUGCGAGAUAUGUCUUGGAUGUCUGUCGCGGGUUUGAUGGCAUCAGUAUCAACUGGCACACAAGAGUAUAAAACAAUGGAGAUUAAGAAGCUUAUAGGCCAGUGGUUACCGAAACGAAAAUAUAUAUGCAUCGGAGACAGCACACAAACAGACCCAGAGACUUACGCAGAAAUGUACAAAGCAUUUCCGGAAGCUAUCAAAGUUAUUUGGAUCAGAGUGGUGACAGGUGUUGACGAGGCAGAAGAGAAAAAGAAGAAUUCGGCUGAGAGGUUUGAUAAGGCUUUUAAGGACGUGCCCAAGGAGGUCUGGAAGACAUUCCACGAUGUCUCAGAGUUGGGCGGGUUAGCUGAGGGAUUGAGGCUUUGA